AUGAGGAGGACACACCCACACCGGAAGUGCGACAACUGGGCUUUUCUGUCAUUUUUGUUUUGGUCAACAAUUGACAUUUUGUUUUUCUUUAAGGGAAUCCUUCAGACAAACUCAGCAUACGUUUAAUCUCGGAAACGGACAAAAGUGCGUUACUUAAAGAUUUAACGAAUUUCAUUUUAAGAGUUUUAUUUUAUUCGCUGAUUUUUGCAAGCUAGCUGACUGAGCUGUCACUUGAGCCGUUAGCCUGCUAGCCUAAACGUUACGUGUUAAUGCAACCUAAUGGAAGUUAAAUAUAUUUAAAUGAUAUAUAAUUUAUAUGCAAUUUUGCCUGUGGAAGAUUGAUUUCUUGAACAGAUUUAGUGAAUCGAGUGCAUUCAGCUAGCAAGUCAUUAAAAUACUGUAGCUAACACAGUUGAGAGAUUUGCAAAUUUGUUGCAUUAUCUUGUUUCUCAGAUUACCACUUCUCUACUAUUUAAUAGUUUGCUCUAACUCGUAGUCUUUGGUUUAGAGAAUUAAUAUGUUCUUGUAAUGUUUCUCACUGUGACUACACCAGCUGUGGUAGAGACAGUAAAAUCUGAAUCUAAUCUCUAUGUGGAGCUGGCACCACCAGUUCCCACCAUCAUGCCGGCUCUUCUGGAGAGGCCCAAAUUAUCCAGUGCAAUGGCACGUGCCUUACACAAGCACAUUAUGAGAGAGAGAGAAAGGAAGAGACAAGAGGAGGAAGAGGUUGAUAAAAUGAUGGAACAGAAACUAAAAGAAGAAGAAGAGAGAAAGAGGAAGAAGGAGAUGGAGGAGAGGAUGUCUUUAGAGGAAACUAAAGAGCAGAUUAUGAAGAUGGGGGAGAAGCUGCAGUGUCUUCAGGAGGAGAAGCACCAGCUUUUCCUGCAGCUGAAAAAGGUCCUGCAUGAAGAAGAGAAAAGACGCCGGAAAGAACAGAGUGACAUGACAACUCUGACUUCAGCAACAUACCAACCAAACAUGGCCAUCCACACAGGACAGCACCUUCUUAGCAUGCAAGCGAGUCAAGUGAGUCAUGGGCGUCCUGGAGCUCUUUUGGGUGAACGCAGCAAACAGCUCUUCCAGUCCCCGGUCAUUCCUACUCGGCAUUUUCAGUCUCAGCCUGGAUUUAGUGCCGGUGGAGCGGAGCAUGGCCAGUACUCUGGAGCCCAGCCCAGUCACAGCCCGUAUGGAGUCACCCAGCCACAGCAUACAUCACCAUUCGCCUCCAGUCAGCCGGUGCCUGCCAACUAUGCCAGUGGUUCACAACUCAGAGGUGCAUCAGCAUUUCAGGCUAUGCAGUACUUGCCCCAUCAGCAACAGGGCUAUGCGGUCCACAGUCACUUCACCUCUCAGCAAGGUUAUAUCCCCAGUGCUGGGAUUCCCCUGCAAAAACAGCUUGAACACGCCAACCAGCAGUCUGGCUUCACAGACUCUAGUCCACUGAGGCCCAUGCAUCCACAGGCUCUACAUGUCAGCGCUACAGGUUUGCUGCCAACUCCCUCUAUCGCUGUCCAGAUCCCUCCAGGCAAGUCUGGCUUACCGUAUGCACACCCACCAAGGCCAGGUUCUCCAGGCACGUUCACCCAUGGCACGUCAACACAACAAGCACAUGCAGCUACAUUUCCAAGCUCUUCUCAGCCAGCCCCUCGCCACACCUACCUCUCUCACAGCCAAUCAGGGCAGAGGUUUUAUCAUCAUGGAAAAUAGAUAUCCAGCUCAUCUAACCACAUGCAAGACGUUAGGGGUAAAAGAACAGAUUCAUCACCUACACUGCGUGAUGAAAGCUCAAAGCUACACAGCACACACAGCUUGGCAUCAUAGUAUUAUCAUUUAAAAACCACAUGACUGUAUUAUUGUCACAAGCACGUUGUUUUCUCUGUCAGGCCUCCCUUUGCAACAGGGUAUAUGCUGUUUACUUCAAUAUUAUAGUGGGAUGUGUCUGAAUGUUUCUUUUUUUAUUUAUUAAAAAACACACCUGUGCCAACAUUAGUAGCAUCGCUAUACCAAUAAUACAUGACAAAACUAGAUUAGUUAAAAAACUAAACCAAACAAUCCAGAAAGAGAACAAAGUAUUCUGUUUUUUAGAAUUUGUGUUAAAGACCUCCCUCUCAGGGCUGUCUAUAAUUUACAUUAACAUUGAUAAAUGCACUUAUCCCUGAUUCAAGCUACCACAGGAAAAUAAUAUUUUCGUAUGAUUUUAAAUUGUAAAUGUUAUGUUUUUAACCAACUGAAUUUCACAAAAUUGCACUUAAAACAUUAAUUUUAUUAUUAAAUUCUGUUAAACAGAGCUUGUUAACAUAGUAAUAAAAAUAGUUGUGUAGAAAAAACA